ACUAGGAUUGUUUAUAAACUAAGAGUAAAUGGGCUCAGAGCGAUGGCCUCCCCCCAAGUGGUGCCUGACCUUUGCUCAGCUCCUUUCUCUGUGUGCUCCAGAUGGGGGGUUCCCCAAAUCAGUCAUUCAUUCAUUUAACCAUUUAUUCAGCAAAUGUUUAUGCUUGAAUGACAGGCACUGUUCCAGGUAACAGGAUGCAGCCGUGAGCAACACCGACCUGGUCCCUGCUCUCAUGGUACCCGUAGUUCACACUCCGGUGUGGUCAGUGCAAGGAUGGAGGAAGAGCGGGGUCUGGGGGAGCCCAGUGGAGGGCCACAGUCAGCCCAGGGGCGGAGAGGGCACCAGGGAGGUGAUGCCGUCCGUGCUGGGAACUGAGGAUGCAUCCGAGCUCACCGUGGUCAAGGGAAGAGCAUUCCGGGUGAAGGAGCCACAUGUUCAAAGGCCCAGAGGUGGAGCAACCUGGUGCCCACCAGCACGAAAGGGCCCCUAGGGCUGGAGUUCAGGACACCUGAGAGAUCCGUGAGGCCUUCAAAGUCUUUGACCGUGACGGCAAUGGCUUCAUCUCCAAGCAGGAGCUAGGCACCGCCAUGCGCUCCCUGGGCUACAUGCCCAACGAGGUGGAGCUGGAGGUUAUCAUCCAGCGGCUGGACAUGGAUGGUGAUGGCCAAGUGGACUUCGAGGAGUUUGUGACCCUCCUGGGACCCAAGCUUUCCACCUCGGGGAUCCCAGAGAAGUUCCACGGCACUGACUUUGACACUGUCUUCUGGAAGGUAUGCCCUGGCUGCUUGGGACUCAGGGCUGUGCACACCGUGAAGGGCUGCACUGGGGUCAGUGAAUGGCUGGGCCCACACUUUAAAGGGGAGAUGACCACUCCAGGCUUCUGUCCACUGGAUGUCUUGUCUCCCAGAGGGGCAUGGGCUCCCUGGGGGAGGCUGGUGUUGGUCAAGGACUCAGGGAAUGGAGGAUCUGGAGGCCGGUCGCUGGGCUUAUGUGGCUGCCUGUGCUGGGUGGGGACUGUGGUGGUGGUGGUGGUGGCCAGAGCACCGUGUCUCCCCCCACCCAAGUGUGACAUGCAGAAGCUGACCGUGGACGAGCUGAAGCGGCUGCUCUACGACACCUUCUGCGAGCACCUGUCCAUGAAGGACAUUGAGAACAUCAUCAUGACGGAGGAGGAGAGCCACCUGGGCACGGCAGAGGAGUGCCCCGUGGACGUGGAGACCUGCUCCAACCAGCAGAUCCGCCAGACGUGCGUGCGCAAGAGUCUCAUCUGCGCCUUUGCCAUCGCCUUCAUCAUCAGCGUCAUGCUCAUCGCAGCCAACCAGGUGCUGCGCAGCGGCAUGAAAUAGGCACCUGCUGUCCGCGCGUGGUGCACGGGGCUGCUCCACACCCCCCCCGCCGCCUGCAGUUCUCUCCUUCAGCCAGGCCCCCGGGCCACCACCACGGGUACUUCAGGGCCUGGAUGUCUGGUGACCCCACCCCACCCGCCCCACAGGCCUUGCAUGGAGCUGUGGCCAGGCUGUGGAGGGCCUGGUGGUGGCUCUGAGGACGGCCCCCAGCCCACCUGCAGCCUGCCCGUGCGCCACCCUGGCCUGUAUGUAGCACUAGCUCUUCCCGCUGUCCAGGGGCUCCUGGGGAGUCAAGGAGGAACCGGUACAGGGCCAAGCACUGCUGCGGUCCCUGAGACAGGAGGGGGCAGGGCCCUGUGCCCACGCCACACAGCUGACUCGACCCUGGUCCCUGAGGUUUGCCCAGGGCCAUGGGU